AACACCAAUCGCUUGCUCACCAACCCGUUGUCGCCGCACAGCUUGUCACCUUUCUCGAAGUAUGACUGCGGAACAGAACCUGAAGGAUACGACCGUCGUCGUCAUCGGUGCCUCGCGCGGCAUUGGCCUGGGCCUCGUCGAGCGUCUCCACGAGGCGGGCGCGAGCGUCAUUGCGACGGCGCGCAAGCCGGACGAGGCCGCGGCCAAGCUGCCCAAGGGCGUCCGUGUCGAGGCGCUCGACAUCACCAAGGCCGACAGCGUUGAAGCGUUUGCGAAAAAGGUUGACAAGAUUGACACACUUAUUGUCAAUGCCGCCGUCGGACACGCGGACCUGAUGAAGGACACCGACGCAGCGCAGCUCCAAUGGUAUCUCGACUCCAACGUCGUGGGCGCCCACCGCGCCGUGCUCGCCCUCUUGCCCGCGCUGCGGAGCGGAGCAAAGAAGCAGAUUGUCCUCAUCUCGAGCACCAGCGGAAGCCUCGAGAAGCAGGUCGGCGCCACUUCUGGCUUCACGGGCCCUUAUGCGGUGACAAAGGCGGCGACGAACAUGCUCGCCGUGCAGUACCACAACGAGCUGCACAAGGAAGGCUUCACCGUCAUCCCCAUCCACCCGGGCUGGGUCGCCACCGACAUGGGCCUCGAGGCCGGCGUGAAUCCAAAGGGUCCCCAACCAAUUUCCAUCGAGACGUCUUCGAGUGGGAUCGUCAACGUCGUCGCCCAGCUCACGCCAGACAAGAGCGCCACUUUCUUCCAGUAUGACGGCGUCAAGCUGCCCUGGUGAUCGAAAGACACGGUCUAACGAGGUUCUCUGCUCAUAGUCCACAUGCGCAAUUAAUCUGCAUUUCUCUCUCU